GAAUGUCAAACACAGCAACCACCAGCGAUGGACUAGGACCAGUGAAAAAGUCCACGGAGAAAACUCCACGCAAAAGGAAUCGCACCGACGGCGGUGGUGCUUCGGCCGGAAAAAAGAACGACACCAACAAGUUCCAGCGCAAACCAACCGAUCGACAUACGGUUAAGAACCGAGUGCUACCUAAAUACUUUACACGCGAGAACGAUAUAUACGUUACAUACAAGUCAGAUUUUACGUACCAACUAAAAUCUUGUCUAGAUAUUCUUAACUCACCACUUGGCGAAGUGUUUCUUCACUGUACCGGACGGGCGAUCAAUCGUGGAAUAAAUUUGGCGCUACGGAUAAAGGCUGAGUUUCCCGAAGCGUUCGAGUACGAGGUCAACACGUCCCAAAUUGCCAUCACGGACGAUUUGCAUCCGCUGCAUGACGAGGACGACUUUAUGGUGCAGCGACGCAUGAAUUCAUGUUUGCACAUUCGGAUGUAUCGCACGAUUAAGGUGAAACAAUCCGGGCCUCUUCCAAAAUUGCGAACUUAG